GUAUGUGAAUGUGAAAUAGCGCGUGGUUUAAAAUGAUUUUUCGAUGCGAUUAGAUUGGUAUAAAUUGUAUAAUUUCAAAUGGAUAAUUCAAAAAGUUCACAUUUAGCAGGGAGAAAAAUGAGUUCAAGUCUUAAAGAAAAAUUAAGACGUUUGCAUAGGAUGAAUUCUUUAUCACUUUCUCCUACUGUUCAUAAAGUGCCCAUAACUGAGAGUAAAAGAAAUAAUCCAGAGAAAACUGAAGUGAUCAUAUCUGAUAAUGAAGAUAAUGCUGUAGCAUCUGCAAAUAUUAAACUACCAGUGACUGAAACAAUGUCAAAUAAAGAAGAAACUCUUAAGUGUAACAUUCCAAUACCAAGCAGGAAUGAAAACUUUAAAAAUUCUGAAAGUGAUUUGAUAUUGGAACUCAAACUUUUAAAAAAUAGAGUUUCAAAAAAGGAAGAAAUAUUACGAAAAUUAAAUAUGGUAAAAACAUAUCAUNUUAGAAUAGAAAGUAUUAAAUUUUUAAGUAUCAUAUAUAUUUUUCUCUAA